AUGUUCACUAUCUUUUUUCAUUUGAUUCUAUUAUCAUUAUCAUUAACACGAGCAUGCGAUGUACUCGUUGGUAUGACAUGUACGUGUUAUGAAGCAAUUGAUGUGCGUUGUACAAUGAAUAAGAUGGCUCCAUUGAUUUUAAAAUCAUCGUUAUUCAGAGAAAAGUUUCAAUCGAUCGAUUUAAAAUUUGUUGGCGAAGAAAUGCUCCAACUCGAUUCGGACUAUUUUAUUGUUUUGAAUCAACUGCUCUCGAACACAACUCAACAAACUCUGUCAAUUACAUUACGUUUCCAAAACUUUCAAUCAUUUCAUGCUAAAGCAGGUACAUUCAGACAUUUAUUUCGUGGUAUCACAUCAUCCUAUUCGCGUUUAACUGUCGAGUUGCAACCCUUAAAAGCCAAAUCGAUUAUCUUCGAUGGUAAUACAUUCGAAAGUCUCCAAAUCAAUGAACUUUCAAUUUAUGCCGAUUCACUUGGCUCACCAUUUGAACUAAUAUUUAAUAAUACAAAUAUAACACAUUUAAACAUUGAAGGGGCUGCCGUCACACAUGAUGCCACACUUCUAUCCAAAUAUAGAGGUCAAAUACGAUCGUUGAAGAUUACUCGAAUGAUCGAUGCAGUGAAUAGUGACGAAUUUCCAUCGUUUCCUGUGCAAACUUACACAAUCGAAGCACAUAAAAUGCGAACUCUGGAUGCCCGAUCAUUUGUUAAUUAUACACAGUUAACUGGCUUGAAUAUAAUUCAACCCGAUGUUUCGAUUACGCCGAAACUAUUGAAUGGUUUAGAAAAUUUAGGAAGUUUACGAUCGGUUUCAUUCGAUGCUGAACGUAUUGCUGAUGGCGCAUUAAAUCAUGUUAAACAUGUUCAAACAUUAAUCCUUGGUUCAUAUUUACGAAUGGUAGAUUCACAAAGUCUCAAUUCUCUUAUGUCAUUGCAACAGUUGGAUGUUCGAUAUGUUCAAUUUUCGAAUCUUCAAGGAAAUACCAGUUGUGCUCUGGCGGAUUUCAUCAAUCGUCGACGAAUGUUAGGUCUAACGGUUUAUCUACCACAUGAAAAUCUCGAUUGUGAUUGUGUCUUAGUUUUUCUCAACAAUAUGAUUGAUGAUGGCGAACAAAUAACCACAUGUCAAUCGAUACACAAUGAUCGUUGUCUAUUUUCUUCAUGUUACAUCGUAUCCGAGUAUUUCACUCGUAAACAAAAGGAACUUGUGCCUACGAUUAAAAUGAAUACACCAGCUAUGAUGACGCCAUCCGUCGCACCACCAGUAAUCGAUUUUAACGAACAAGAUCCACCGUUCUAUCCGGAUUCCAAAGAAGAACAAACAACUAUUCGGGUGUAUAUGGAGCCAAAUAUUUAUGAUGAUGUGGACGACGAAUUUCCAACGAAUACCACAACUACAACACCAGUAGUAACGACAACGACGAUUAUCACAACUCCACCGAUCGUGACAACGACACCGUUGUUAAAUACACCGGAAGAAACUGAUAAUGAUUUUGCAACUCCGUAUAUGAAACGGCUGGAAACUGAAAUGAAAACUUAUGGAUCUGCAAAUUACUUAAUUCUUUCAUGGAUUCCGUUUGCCAUAAUUGCCUCAUGUUUAUUUCUUUCUUUAGUUAUUGCGAUGAUCAGUUAUUUAAUCUAUCACAAACGUCAUACGGUCUCGUUCAAACUUGUUCCACAAACACCGCCUAUCAUCUGA